AUGAGCAACGGACACGGCAACUUUGAGCCAGGCGGGAUGGCCAUGGCCAGCGUCAGUCCACACGACGAGGCCGCAGAGGCAGCCCUGCGCAACGAACAAUACCAGGAACACCAGCUCAGACUCCAGGAAAAGUACAGACUCCAACACCAGCACCAGAUGGGGCUCCAGACCGCCACCCACCCGCACGAUCCCGUCUCCGGCGAGGGGUACUUCACCGCCCAGGGCCACUACAUCGACCCCAAAGGCAGCCCAUGCUACGACGCCACACCUCAAUACGGACUCGCAGACUUUGAACUCCUCGAGACCCUCGACACCAACACCAACACCAACAUCAAACAACAAUAA